CGAUUUUUGGAGGGAUAGAGGAAAAACGGUGUCGUUUAGAGGUUAAAAAUAUCUACAUAUCGCAACACAAUCAGACGAGAAUCGGAGCUGCAUUUUGAUAGAUAGGCCAAUGGCGACGGCGGAUUCUCCAAACACCGAUUCUGAUGCUGAUUUCGAAAACCCUAACUCUACUGUUACCUCCAAUUCUUCAGACGCUUUGAAAGCUAACCUUUCCGGUCCUCCUAUAGUAUGCCUUCUCAGGUUCGCCGGCGACUCAGUCGCUGGCGCUUUCAUGGGCUCCAUUUUCGGCUACGGUUUGGGUUUGGUUAAGAAAAAAGGCUUUAAAGGAUCCUUUGCAGAGGCCGGAUCUUCUGCCAAGACAUUUGCAAUUUUGUCUGGAGUUCACAGUUUGGUUGUCUGUUUUCUGAAGAGGUUGAGAGGAAAGGAUGAUGUUGUGAAUGCUGGAGUAGCUGGGUGUUGCACUGGUCUCGCAUUAAGUUUUCCAGGUACACCACAGGCUCUUCUACAGAGCUGCGUCACUUUUGGGGUGUUCUCAUUUAUCAUUGAAGGGCUUAACAAGCAGCAGCCAGCCCUUGCACAUCCAUUUUCAAUGAGAAACGAAAGAGGGGGCAAAAAGGCACUUCCUCCCCUAGCAUUCCCUCUUCCAGAUGAGUUGAAAGAAUCCUUCUCACACUUCUGCCGGUCCCUGCAAAAACCCAACAAGGGCAAUUUUCCUGCAGCUCACUGAUAAGCUCAGGAGUUCAUUAGUGUAGACUGCUGGUGUGGCCAUGAGGUACCUUGUAACGUUUGAUAUUCUGAAACCAAUUGCGAGCUAAAUAAUGAAAUGUCUUCUUAUGCAGCAAA